AUGAAGCCAAAUAUAAAAAGCACGAUUGAAUACGUCGUGUUAAAAGUUUCGAGCCAAGCUGGUGCAAGUGAGGCUCUUGUUAUCCUGUUUGCUCUUUCUUUGGCAACACUUGAAUAUCUCUCAAAGGUAAUGCAAUAGCCCGGUGCACUUAAAACAGCUGCCACCACAAAUAUUGUCCACACUAAUUUACGCAUGAAAGUUUUCGUCACUUUUCUCAUGUGCACAAAUGGUUUGAGAAUCGCAUAGUACCUUUCCAUUGACAAGGUUACCAGAAUAUAAAUUGAGCUCAAUGCGUCGAAAGUAAAAUCGGCAGUCGCAUUGGAGGCGUCUUUUGAAAGGAGAACGACGCUGGCAAAAACCUGGACCGAUAACAACAGAUCGGCGCUUGAAAGAGCUUGUAAAAGAAAGGUGUUCGGACAUUCCCGUAGCCUCUUGUUUUUUUGGAUAAUGACUAUGACCAUUAGGUUUCCCAAAACAUUGUAAACGUAGACUGGAAUAGUGGUGUAAAUAAUGAUUGAAGAAAACAUUGAAACCAUUUGAAAAAAAAGCUGAACUUAAGCGAAAUGUUGGGAUUCAAAUGAUCGUAUGCAGUUAUCGAAAGUUGCACCCAAAAGGAGUCUUCUUUAUAAACAUACAGAUAUAAUUUGGCCGACCCCCUCUAAAUGUUUGUACAACAAGGAAAGGUGUUCCUUUUAAAACGAAGUUUUAUUAAGAGUACUUCUUUUUAAUUGCUCGGCAACAAUAAUGUUUACCCUGCGCGAAAAAAGUGCCAUAAAAUGAGAAAACCUUAGGAAAUAAAUUAAGAAGGUGCAGAUGUUCACAGAUGGUUCCUUGUGUUUGAAUUUGUUUCAGUCAACUGGAAUUGCGGCUUAACCCUAUUUUUCCUUGAGUGGACGCUUUUAUUGCUUUUGCUGUUUUACCAGAAGUUACUAUCUGAAAUCAUCGAUGUAAAGGAAAAAUAAAGAAAAAAAAUGAACAAAACCUGUCAAUGUAAAUGCUGUCCUUAGAAAGCGAGUGAAGAGUUUCCAUUCUGAUAUGCCAUAUACUAUGAGUUUUCAUUUGAAUUUUAGGGGCUCAUGAUGCUUGCAAGUUUUUCAAAACGGAGUGUUUGCCAAGUGAAUACUGCGUUCCGCGGGUACUGUCGGAAAUGGUCUGGCCAGGAGAAUACAAAUGCCUUUGUAGAAAGGGUUGGAAAAAAGUUCGCGGGCGCGGAUGUGUUGGUAAGGUAGAGACUGGUAUUUGUGCAUGCACCGUUGAAAAAAAUGCGCGAAUCUUUGGGCGCUUUCCAUUUAGUCAAAAAUUCCGGAAUUUCCGGUUCGGCGGUAAAUGGAACACGUUUCCUCGGUUCGUCCCACUGGAAAAUUCCCGGAAAAAGUGGAAAAUCUAAAAAGGUGGGCCCGUUUUCCCGGUUGGAAAUUUCGAACGGAAUCUCGCGUUCCAUUUACUCGUUUCUCGUAGUUUGAACCAGUUUCAGGUUCACGGCAAGAAAAGCUGUCGAGCACCGCGACGUACCGGGGUUUACGACCAAAUGGAACAACUUUUUACCAAUCGAAAAUUCCACUUUUGCUCCCACCGAAAUUUCCGGGUUUUUUUCCUAAAUGGAAAGCGCCCUUUGUUUCCUUUUAAAUUUUUCCAGAACGACUGCCUGAUAUAAAGAGAAAGAAAAAUACCAAGAAAUCAUUAAUUGAUUCUGUAUACGUAAGAAAUAGGAAUAACUCGUUUGCUUGGAUAUGUUAAGCUGCAAACAAACUAAAACGAAACAAGACAAAACGAAAACACAAAACAGAUAAUGUCGCGUACAGUGGACUGUGUACUUGCAGGUAACCUUACAUUGGCAACAGUCAUAUGGUUUCUGGCUCGAAGCUGGCUCUAUUUCACGUUACGUUGUUGCAGUGUAUUUGUUUUCAAUAUUCCUUUACCGUCACUUGCUCUUCAUAAAAAUUUGUUUCCCAUCUGCCACCACCCUCAUUCACUGCAUUGCACCUCUGUAUUUAUUGACGGCGUUGACAGCAACACGUCAUUGCUCGAGUAUAGACCUUUUUAGCUUUUGUUUUCCCGAUGUAGACCACGUGAUGUUCCCCGGGGAAUUUGCCUUUUGUCUUUUCAUAAAAUCAUGCAUUCAAUUUCCGAGUAAAUACACGUGCAAAGGACGAUAUUUAAAAGAAACAGUUAUGGUCUUAAAUGAGAAAACAUAACAUUCAAGCUAGAAAGGUCUAUUAAGCUCGACACAAUCCCUAGCCUAUACUCUACCAAACCGAUUUUCUUGUUGCAGACGUUGACGAAUGUGGUGCAACGUUCUCUCCGUGCAGAUGGUGGGCUAUUUGUGUUAACACACUUGGAAGUUACUCGUGUCAUUGCCGGAAGGGCUUUAGGGGCAAACAAUGCGAUGUAGGUAAGUAUUCCGUGUACAUAAACAGGAGUUUACCUGUGCUUCCUCUGCGAUGUACCGAGUCCGGUUCACUUACCAAGCUUCAGGCGAUCAAGUGAAAUAUUGGACUGAUGUUCUAAUCCUACAUCAAUGCAAUUGUUUGCUGUGGUUACCUGAUAUGACACCAUAUGUGACAAGAUGCAAUCGUUGUUUUUAUUGCCACACCUCGUGAAAGUUCUCUUUUUUUGGAGAAAAUUGCAUAUUCAAGGCAUUAUUUAUUAUCUCUUUUGCCCCAAUUCUAGAACCUUCCUAACUCGAGAGAAUUCAAAAUGGCGGAUUCAUGAUUGCUCACUUGAUAUGAUAACGUGAUUUCCAUAUGAGAUGACGUCAUCGAGUUACGUAAACUAUCAUACCUUCAAUAAUAAUAAUUAUUUAUUCAUUUACAGUGCGCUUUUUAACAUACUAGGUCACUCUCAUAGGUCUAAGGCUCAAUAAAUUUUAAAUAUCACUAUGGAGAGGUCGAGGGUUCCAUGUCGAACAUACUGUGGCCUACUAAGUUUUUUAAAGGCUUCAUUCAUUGAACGUUGUUCAUUUCUCAGAUAUUGAUGAAUGUCAGAUGAAACCGUGCCCAGAUAACAGCAUCUGUCAAAACACACCUGGCAGUUUUAAUUGUACUUGUCAACCCGGUUUUUCAGGCAAAAGUUGCUCAGGUAGGAAUUAUUAUAGCGUAUUUCACAUAUAAUGAAUCGAAUAAUCCCUGAUUAUCGUGAAGAACGCGAUAUUGCCAAUUUCGCUUAUCAUUUAGUAUACCCUUUCAUGGAGGCAUGUGUGGCAGAGGAGUUAUCACCUCGAACUCUAGAUCUAGAGGUUCGNAUGCAAUCGUUGUUUUUAUUGCCACACCUCGUGAAAGUUCUCUUUUUUUGGAGAAAAUUGCAUAUUCAAGGCAUUAUUUAUUAUCUCUUUUGCCCCAAUUCUAGAACCUUCCUAACUCGAGAGAAUUCAAAAUGGCGGAUUCAUGAUUGCUCACUUGAUAUGAUAACGUGAUUUCCAUAUGAGAUGACGUCAUCGAGUUACGUAAACUAUCAUACCUUCAAUAAUAAUAAUUAUUUAUUCAUUUACAGUGCGCUUUUUAACAUACUAGGUCACUCUCAUAGGUCUAAGGCUCAAUAAAUUUUAAAUAUCACUAUGGAGAGGUCGAGGGUUCCAUGUCGAACAUACUGUGGCCUACUAAGUUUUUUAAAGGCUUCAUUCAUUGAACGUUGUUCAUUUCUCAGAUAUUGAUGAAUGUCAGAUGAAACCGUGCCCAGAUAACAGCAUCUGUCAAAACACACCUGGCAGUUUUAAUUGUACUUGUCAACCCGGUUUUUCAGGCAAAAGUUGCUCAGGUAGGAAUUAUUAUAGCGUAUUUCACAUAUAAUGAAUCGAAUAAUCCCUGAUUAUCGUGAAGAACGCGAUAUUGCCAAUUUCGCUUAUCAUUUAGUAUACCCUUUCAUGGAGGCAUGUGUGGCAGAGGAGUUAACACCUCGAACUCUAGAUCUAGAGGUUCGGGUUUCCAGCCUCGCCCGUCGCUUAGCUCCUUAGACAAUAAACGUUACUCCACUUUGUUGUUUACUUCACCCAGGUGUAUAAAUGGGUACCAUCGACAUACUGCUUGAGGGUAAACCUGCGAUGGACUUGUCCAGGGGGGAGUAGCAAUACUCCUAGGCAUGCUUCAUGCUAGGGAAACCGGGAUAAGCUCCGAUCUUUUGGGCCUUUUUCUGGUGUGCGCCUUUACCUUACCUUUUUGAUUCUCAACAACUAUGAAAUUGUAGCUUAUGUUGUGAGAAACAUACAUGUAUUACAUAUAAAAUAAUUACCGAAGACAUAGGCAGUAUAAGAUCUCAAGCAGUUUAAGGCCUGUGACUUAGGGUUUACUUUUGGAAAAUGAUUUAUUGGCUAUAACUUCGGUAUAGAUGAUGACGCUAAAUCAGAAUUUGGCACAAAUAAGGAACUCAUCGUCCUUAACAUUUUUAAGUAUGAAUAUUGUGUGCUAAAAAUCAUAAAUUAUUGACCAAUUGGUGGCCGGUUUACAAACAAAAAAUCGAGCGAUAGCAUUUCUCUAAUUCAUAUUAAAUAUUUCUAACACUUGAGGCUUGGAGUGACCGUCCUUUGCACUUCAAUAAAUAAUUAUGAGGGAAAACACCAUUUCAAUCUUGAAUCAUUUAAAAUUUAAAUUUUAAAUUUCAUGUACAUUCAUUCCAAACGUAGAAAGUUAGGUACGUUUAUCCUCUUUCAGAAAUGCAAUUUGAGUACCCAUUUAAACAAAGUAAAUUCGCCACCAAUUCGCCAAUUUCCUUCAUUUUCAAUUUUUGGUCACGUGAGGUGCCACAUGACAAUAAUUAAACGUGAAGUCGCAAGAAAACCUACCUUUGGGGAAAAAUUCAUUUUGUCCUGGGUCUCCUAGCGAGAGAGAUUGCUAAUCAUUCAUAUACUUUGAACACACCUUUAACCCAGGCCUUAAAGAUGCAUCUACCCCGCAUAUCCCAGGAUCUUUUUGUUUUGAAAAAGGGAAAAGGCACUCACAUUUUUUCAUUUUAAAAUCCUUGGGGAAGAGGUUCAAAAUGCAUUGCAUAAGACGAGUAGAAUGAGCACUGAGACUGGCUUUGCAUGAAGUUACCCAACAAGACCAUACUAGGUUGAUAUAUAUGCCACAUUCACGUUCUACAUUCUGAGAGGAUUCAGCGAUGUUAAGGGAGUAGUUUUGUGCGGAAUUAUCACAUAGAAAAUUCGUGGUGAAGAUACUUUACAAUUAGAGAGCGUACAGUACAAAUGCGUACUCCAGGCAGAGAGAAUUUCAAAUAAGAUUAGUAUUUGUUUGAUUGCUUUAGAAGUUUCAGGAAUGGACUCAUCGUCCAAGAAUGAGCCAAUCAUCACAUUUCAAGUCGUAAAGCAACACGCUGUGAAAGAAAUUUCCAUCCCUCGACACAAGCCUGUAACGGUCAUUCGCAAGGCCGUGCACAUUACAGACUCUGGAUCUAAAGAGAAGGCAAUCAUGGGAUCACUAAUUGCGACGCUCAACCUUUUGGGAAUAUUUCUUUAUUGGUAAGAAGACACGGGCUGUUUUCCGUCCUUAAAUAUUUUUUAAUAAGGGAUUAUAUAUUUAACACUGAAUUUGAUUUACUUCAAUUGACCACACGAACAGGGACUUUUCAUUUUCCUGGCACCAAAUGAGACUUUUCGUCUUUGUCUUGGAAGAAAACAAUCACGGUUUUGCUCCCGCGAUGUGAGUUGAAGCUCGCCAAAUUUGCAGCUAAAGGUUGCUUUUAGAAGUUCUACGCUUUCUUCUCUCCCGCAGCGCGGCUUAAAGGCGCUUUUUGUUUCGGGACAAUCUGCUCAGGUGCUUGGCAUGAAGGAUAUUCAGUUGGCUAGCUUUCGCGACUGCAAUCACUUGAUCCGCGUAAAUCCAUUUGGACAUCUCCUCCUAUAAUUGACACCUUGUUUACCACCCAAAAUUUUUGCAUUACUUUUGUUUUUAAUUGCUCCUAAGUAUGACAGUCGUCCAACAAGAAUUUGAGGGCAUCAAGAGUAGAGUAUGGGAGACUGAUGUGCAAAUGUCGAUGAAUGUUCCAUCGAGCCUUUGUCGGAACUAAGAGAGAGCUACCACAAGAUGGGAUUAAUUCUGGUACCCAACCUCCUAUCAGAAAUCACGUUAUUUCGUUGUAUUGUUGUUAGAAGCUCAGAUUAAAAUGUCUGCUAUGUUUACUUUGAUCCUUUGAAUCUUCUUGUGGGCAGUAAAACAGCCCAUGCUUACAGGAACAGGAGUAUUUUAUUUGUGAAGGAUAGAAAGGAUUAGACACGCGUGCUUCGCGCAAGAUUCUCGUCCCGUGCAGUCUAAUCUUUUAACUGAUCAUUUCUUGUUUACCGUAGGAGACAAAGGAAGAAAAAGAGAAAUGAGGAAUUUAAAAAAGAGGGCGAACAAGACAAUUUAUCCUCUCAACUUCUGGAGACGGAGGAAAGAAAUUCAAGCUUUGGAGCGGUUUCGGUAGAAGAAGAAAUUUUUCCUAGCACUCAAAUGUUGGUAAACAAGGAAACUGUUUCAAACUCUUCAUUGUUAGAUAAAGAGUCUGUUUCUCACAAUAUGCUGUUAGAAAAUAUCGUACCGACAGGCGUUGAUUCAUUUACGGCAAACAAGGAAAGAAUUCUUAGUGAAGAUUUAGUUGUGUCCGACUUAGAUCAGACGAUUAGAGGAAGAGAAAGUACAAUCAAAAGUCAGUCAUUGUCUGAAAUAGCUUCUCAAAGUUGUGAAAGAUUUAAAAGCAAAGGAGAUCUUCAAAUCGAUCUAAGUAAGGGAAGCAAAGAGAAAGUUUUAAGCAAUCACGUAUUGGUAGAUAGGGAAACAACUGGAAAUUUUCAAAUUUUGGAUAACAACCCUUAG